AUGACAUCCGCGGAACAAGUACCACAAACUUAUGAAGACGUUGAGCGCUUGCUAGCAAACGACCUGCGCGUCAAGAUUGCCGGGGCAGACGUGGACGGCAUUCUUCGCGGGAAGGUGCUAGCCAAGAGUAAAUUCUUAUCAACUUUGAAAGAAGGCUUUGGCUUUUGUAGUAUUAUAUUCGGUUGGGACAUGCAUGAUCGAACUUAUACGGAAGACUUGGACGUGUCAAAUCCCGAGAAUGGUUUUUCUGACCUUUUGGCAAAAGUCGACAUUUCAACAUAUCGUCGCAUUCCGUGGGAAAAAAAUAUUCCAUUCUUCCUGGUGUCAUUUUACAAUCCUGCAACGAAAGAGCCUCUUCAUGCUUGUCCGAGAGGCUUACUGAAGACUGUUGUACAGAAGUAUCAUGACUUGGGACUGGAACCUAUGUGUGGAGCUGAAUUUGAAUUCUUCAACUUUAAAGAGACGCCCGAGACACUCGCUGCAAAGGACCACGUAUCGCCACAACCAUUGACACCAGGAAUGUUCGGAUAUAGUUUAUCCCGACCAACAUCGAACCAAGGCUUCUUCUAUGACAUUUUAGACGAAUGCAACAAGUUUGGCGUCUCAAUUGAAGGUCUCCACACAGAAACAGGGCCAGGCGUUUAUGAAGCAGCGCUGGCAUAUUCUGCAGCCCUAAAAAUGGCCGAUAUGGCCACUCUGUUUAAAUUGGCCGUCAAGCAAAUCGGCAUUCUCCGUUACAAAGUCAUGCCUACCUUUAUGGCUAAACCAAACCACAACUUGCCAGGAUGCUCGGGUCAUCUGCAUUUCUCUUUGAAGCACAUGGAUACAGGCAAGAAUGCGUUCACAAAAAUUGUCAAUGAUCAGACUAAGCCAGACCCUGCGCAAAAGUUCAACGAGAUUCUAGAAAAUGAAUGGGAAGAUACGAAAAACGUGAGCGAGACAAUGAAAUACUUUAUCGCGGGUGUUUUGACUGGAUUACCAAGUAUCAUGCCAUUAUUGGCACCAACUGUAAACAGCUACAAACGCCUCGUGGAAAGUUAUUGGGCACCCGUAAACGUAUCCUGGGGUUUCGAGAACCGCAUCGCAGCAAUUCGGGUCAUAGCUCCGCCAACAAGUUCUCCAUCUGCAACACGAAUAGAAUUGCGCGUGCCGGGUGCUGACAUUAACCCGUAUCUUGCCAUUGCUGCUACUUUGGCUAGUGGACUGUACGGUAUUGAGAAUCAACUGCAGAUUCCUGUUCCGCCCGUCUCCUAUGCAAAGAACCAAAAAGCCGAAAAGUCUUUAAGUCAGCAUGAAGGGAAUAGAUUGUCCAAGACAUUGCAAGAGGCAACCCUCAUUAUGAUGAAAAAGGAUUCGAUUGCGCGGAAGGUUCUGGGUGAUCGCUUUGUUGAUCAUUUUGGUAAGAGUCGGUUGCAUGAGUGGAGGUUAUGGGAGACCAGUGUGACGAACUGGGAAAUAAAGCGCUACUUUGAGACUGUCUGA